ACUUCCUGCCAAAUAGUAGUCCCUUACUGCUUUAACAACACACGGCGCACUACCGAGGGAAUUUCAGCCCAAGGAAACAUAAAGUUUCCUCAAAAGUGGCACUUUGUGACAUGGGCCUUGGCCAAAGAAACAACAACUGCAGAGACUGAGAGAGCAGGUUUGCCUGUGCGUACUGUGAAGAAGUGCUCUCUCGCAGAUAUGGACAAAUCACAAGAGGUGUCUGAAUUACCCACAAAGAAAGCUCGGCAUGAUCCAGAAGUUAGUCAAGAGGGUGAUUCAAGGGCGAUGAGUGCUAAGGACAGCAGUGACUCUCCUGACCGGGGCGAAUCAACAGUUCAAUCAGAGGUCAAUUCAUUUUCACCAUCUGUUGCUCACUUACACACAGCAGUGACUUGCAAAGACCUCACUACAACCACAUCCACUGAAUAUACCUCACAGAUCUACCAAGGAAACAACACCGCUGUCACUGCAUAUGCCAGUCAAGUGGCUUUCCCCUCUCUGGGCCAGUCGACCGUUUACAGCGGCUUUCCUCAGUCAGGCCAGACAUACGGACUGCCACCAUUUGGCACCAUGUGGCCGGCAGAGUUUGAGGCACCUUCUGUUGGCCAUACAGGGUUUCUCAGCUUCAGCUCAGCUUAUACCUCCACCCAACCCAACCAGAUCCACUACUCCUACCCCAGCCAAGGUUCCUGUUUCACUACGUCCAGCGUGUACACUAACAUCCCCUCAGCAACUGCAGUGACUACAGCUACUGCCACACAUCAGGAUUAUUCAAGUUACAACUCUCUUGGCCAGAGCCAGUUCUCCCAGUACUAUGUUCCCCCUCCCAGUUACCUGCCCGCUGGGCUGCCCAGUAGUGACAGAGAUGGCGCAGGUGUGGUGGCACCUGGAUAUCCAGCCAUUAAAACAGAAGGCAGUGCCUCAGCAGACCUGCCCAACACAACAGAUGCUUCUCCAGGUGUGACGCACCCCACAGGUGUGGCUCUGCCUGCUGGGAUGGCCCUCCCCACAGGAGCACGAGACCAGGACGAGCCCAACCGCAAAAACCCUCCUGGAAAAACUAAAGGCAAAGCCAAAAAAUCAGACAGCUCACAAUCUGCAGACAAUGACCUUGAGCGUGUCUUCUUGUGGGAUCUGGAUGAAACCAUCAUUAUUUUCCACUCUCUUCUUACUGGCUCAUUUGCACAGAAGUUUGGCAAGGACCCAGCAACGGUUCUUAAUCUGGGUCUGCAGAUGGAGGAGUUGAUCUUUGAGCUUGCAGAUACUCAUCUUUUCUUCAAUGAUCUGGAGGAAUGCGAUCAAGUCCAUGUUGAUGAUGUUGCCUCAGAUGACAACGGGCAGGAUUUGAGUACCUACAACUUCUCUAGCGAUGGCUUCAGUGGGCCCAGUGCAGGUGGGGGGUCAGGGUCCACAGCAGCUGUACAGGGUGGCGUGGAGUGGAUGCGUAAGCUGGCAUUCAGGUAUCGCCGUCUCAAAGAGAUCUACAACGGAUUCAAAGGGAAUGUGGGAGGUCUGUUGAGUCCAAUGAAGAGAGACCUGCUACUCCGACUCUGCUCGGAGAUCGAGACUGUCACUGAUGCCUGGCUUAGCACGGCCCUCAAAUCUCUCCUGCUUAUUCAGUCCAGGGGCAGAUGUAUGAAUGUACUGGUCACCACCACUCAACUGGUUCCUGCUUUAGCUAAAGUGCUUCUCUAUGGCCUGGGUGAUGUCUUUCCUAUCGAGAACAUCUAUAGUGCAACUAAAAUAGGAAAAGAGAGCUGCUUCGAGCGCAUCAUCUCUCGCUUUGGGAAGAAAGUGACCUAUGUUGUUAUUGGAGAUGGCCGUGAUGAAGAAUUUGCUGCAAAGCAGCAUAACAUGCCGUUUUGGCGUAUCUCUGCUCACGGGGACCUGAGUUCCCUUCACCAAGCUCUGGAACUGGACUUCUUAUAGAUGAAACUGGAGGAAAGACUUGGAGUUGGUCAAAAUCCCUGCUGAGAAGACUUCAGCUGUACCAUAACUCUCAUCAACUUUAUCCACAGCAGCUGAGGUGGUCUAGGGAACACUAGUGGUCAGAGACAGAACUGAAGUAAUCUGUGACGCGUGUCUCUGACCUCGCAAGCCCUCCAUUCCCUUAAUGGCAGCUAUCCUCCCCCAUGGGUUGAGCCUUGCACUGGGACUCCACUUCAUUAACACAACAGGACAUGAAGAACACUGCAUCUAUCUCACAAUGUAGCUUUAGCAUCUUCAAAACAACUGAAUUCACCAAAGGAAUAACCCUAUGACCAAAGGUCCGCACUGGCACACAAACCUGGCAGGGAUUGAGGACUUUUAUUAUCUAGUUUAAAUUCAUGGUUACUUUGUGUUUGUUUUCAAGGGCUGAUUGAUUUGCACUCAUUCCAAAGGUUAGGAUCAGUUAUUAUGAGCCGGCAGGUUACAUGCUUUGAAUUCAUCCAAUGAAUUAUGCAUUUAUUUCAGUUCUUAAAAUGGAUCGCAAAUAUGGCCUGUUUGAUGUAUUUUCAAAUGGUACAAACAGGGUUUAGCAGAUCCCACUUAAUUUUAGUGUUUUAAUGUAUGGAUUAUUUCUAAACUGCAUGCAUUUUUCUUAGACUUAAUCUGCUGCUGCUUUUUUCUUUUUUUUUUUAAUUGGGCAAAGUUAAAAAUUUCUGACUGAAAAUGUCCAGUGAUAUAACCAUAUUUAUUUUUGCUCAUUAUCUCCCUUUAGUAUCUUGAAGAAAUAGUUAGCCCAGAAAUGAUAGUUUCUUCACCUUAAUGUUGUUUCAAAUCCAUAUGACUUUCGAAGGGGGGAGAGCAGAGAACAACCUUUAAAAAAAAGAAUUUAGGUCUCUGUGGAUGUGAUUUGUGGCUGUUUUUUUUUUUUUGUAACAAGCCUCAACUCAUGUUUAAAGCAAUUAUAGCCACAUGAACUAACCCCCUGAAUUAAAGGGAUAGUUCACCCAAAAAGGAAAAUUCUAAUUGGCUCACCCUCAUUUCAUCCCAGACUUUCUUUCUUCUGAAGAUCACAAAGAUUUUUAUAUAUCUUAGCUCUGUAGGUCCAUACAAUGCAAGUGAAUGGUGAUCAAAACUUUGAUGCUCCAAAAUGCACAUAAAGGCAGCAUAAAUGUAAUACAUCAGACUCCAGUAGUUUAAUCAAUGUCUUCUAAAAGAAUUCAAUUGGUUUUGGGCGAGAACGUUCCAAAAUAUAACUCCUUUUUCACUGUACAUCUUUCUCGUCUCUAGUUACGAUCAUGAUAUGAAACUCUAUUUCACUUCCUUGUGCUUGACACAUCCGCAGAGCGCUAGAUGGCGCUAUAGGAAGUGAAAUUGAGCUUGAAAUCAUGAUUGCUAAGGACACUGCUGAUGUCAGGGGUUUUUUCUAAAAACGUAUUUUUUGGUCUGUUCACACCCAAAAUAAUUUGGAUUGCUUCUGAAGACAUGGAUUAAACAACUGGAGCCAUGUGGAUUACUUUUAUGCUGACUUUAUCUCCUUUUUGGGGCUUCAAAGGCCCGAUCACUAUUCGCUUGCAUUGUAUGGACCUACAGAGCUUUCUUAAAAUCUUUGUGUUCAGCAGAAGAAAUUCAUACACAUCUGGGAUGGCAUGAGGGUGAGUAAAUGAUGAGCGAAUUUUCAUUUUUGGGUGAACUAUACUUUUAAAGGUGAAAUGACUGUUGAAUUAUGAGGCUUUCUAUAAAAUGACCUCUUGGACGUAGCCAAAAUUAGCUGUGAAAGUGAAGCUUCGGGGCCCCAGUCUGUGAUAUUUUCUUUAGUUUUUACAAAUUUGGGAGAAAACUGUUUUGAUAAUGUGCAAUACAUUUCUGGUCAGUGAUUCGAACGGUUUCAAUUUUGGUAGUUUUUGUUAGCAGGAUGGGUAAUAUUCCUGGCCGCUGUGAGAUUUUGACUGAACAAUACUGAGCCUGAAGAAAAUGCAUUUUACGCAAGCAGCUUUGACAGUUAAGAAUGUGUACUCGCAUGACUGUGUGUGCAUUUCUUGUAUAUAUUUAUAUUGUGCCUUUUUAAAUAUAAUCACCAUUCAGUACAUGUAUUACCUUAAAGGGAAUUACUGAAAUAAGACAAACAUAUGUUUGUAUUUUUGUUUGUUUUCUGGUGAAGUAUUAACUUUGAGUCAUAGCCCAGUGCCGUUAUGUGUAAUUUUCUUCUAGUUUGGUGCUUUUGAUGUAUGCUGACUUCUAAAGCUCUCUUGUGACUUUUCAUAAAUGACUGUAUUAUGACCUCACAGACUCUCAUUUCCUGCCAAUCAAAUCCUGUUAGUCUUUCACUUGAAUCAUGAAAGUGUCUCUAUUCUUCUGGUGCUUUUUCUAUGUCCUACUUUAUCAGUUGUUUCGUGCAUUUUUCAGGAAAAAUGACCUGGUCCCCGUAUACUGUCUAAUUACAAUUAGUUGCCAUGUAAUUUCAUCAUCAUGAGACAUUAGAAUUUAUUACUAUACUUCAAUAUUUUAGCCUAUUUAUUAAGAUGUAUUCAUUUCAAUUGAAUAACAAGUUUCCAUUUAAUUGAACUGAAUAGUCUUGAAGAAAAUGUAAUUAAUAAAACUUGCAUUUUGUAAGAUUUGUAAAUUUUAUUUUGGUAAAGAUUAAGAAGUUCAAUUAAAUAGAAAUGUGUUAUUCAAUUUAAAUGGAUACAUGUUGAAAAUAGGCUAAAAUAUUUUUUUGGAGUGUAAUGCAAAGACAAUCAAGGGAUCUAUCAGCUCUUGUGGCCAGCGACCAUGUUUGUUGAAGCUUUGAGGACAGUAGGAGAAAUUUCUGCCAUAUUCGAACUGUAACUGGAUGAUUUCUGCAAAUGCCUGUACAUACACCGUUUAUGUUCUUGGUUUUGUGUAAUUUCAUUAAACACUUUGAG